AUGGGUUCCGUCUACAACAAUUUCUCCGACGGCCCUACCAUGAUCCUACCCUCAUCUCAAAACCAUCCCUCGUUUCAGUUCCCUUCUCAGUCCAUCCAGGGUUUACAAGCCUAUGAAUCUGGCUCCUGGUCCAUGGACGCCGUGUACGCAAGCCCAUUCAAAGGGCCAACGCGUCACUCCACGAGCUGGACGCCCCCAUCUUCUUCAAAGACUAUAUUCACAAAUCCCUCACGCAAGAGAUCGCGUAACGACAGUGAAGAUGAUGACCUCUCCAACUCGAAACUGAGCAUUGCAGCUUCUGCACCUGUUGCUCAAGCGCCCAUCUAUGGCGAGGCCAUGGCCGUGUCAGCCGAAAGUCGGACCAGCACAGGGUACGAAGAAGAUGCUGCAAAGAAAGCCGCGCAGUUGCAGCAAUCCAAUAGUGGGCGCAAAUCACGACGUCUUGACACCUCAGCAUCCAGCACCGACGACGUUGAUCUUGCCUGGAUUCAAAAUCAACUACAAGCUACGCCCAACGACGAUAACCGCCGCUGUCUUGGCAAGACCGGCUCCUUCAACAUGACUGAUGAACCUCGAGUUGAUGGUGUGACUCUCCUGCUUGGUAUUAGCUGGCAACGUGUUAGCCAUGACGACGACAUGGCGCCUGCAGUUUCUGGCUGGGAAAAAUAUAUCAAUAAUCAUUUCUAUAAGUAUAUGCGAGACGCUCGCAUCAUUCUGAAGAACCGUAGCCUCAACGCAUAUUUGGUUGCGGCACCUCCGGCACAGGAUCUUCCUCUUCAGGACACCAUUAGACAUAGUAAUUACGCCGCUAUGCCCAGUGUAUAUCAGUUUGAUCUAUCUUCCUAUUUCUUCCUCUUCAAGGAGGACCUGACAGAAGCACAAUUGGUUGGCUCAACAUUAGACAACUGUCUCCGCAACAUUCAAUCGACACCGAUUCAGUUUGAAGGAUUCGAGAUAUUACGCGCUUCUGAACGAUCACCUGAGCGCAUCAUUGUUCCUGACCAGGUCAACUGUGUUGUUGGAAACGGCGUUCCCAUUACACCCAUUAACAACGAACAUCGGGAGAAGGCCAAUCUGAAUAAUGAUAUAGUGAUGAGCAUGGGGACGGACAUGGACGUCGACCUAUAA